AUGUCAACAAGUGAAGAUAAAAUUGUCAGUGAAAUUACAGAAAUACAUAUAAAAAAUGGACUUAAAAAUGGCAAUCGAACUAUGAACGCAUUUAUGAUUUAUCGUUAUUGUUACCAAAAAAAUUGUUCGUUCCAAGAUUCUAAACCUUCAAGGAAUGAUGUAUCAAAAUUAGCAAGUGAAUCGUGGAAAAGGGAAUCAGACGAAAUCAAAAACCUUUAUAAACGUAUUGCAGAGAACGUCAAAAAAAGGUUUAAAAAAACAGUCAAUUCUCUUUGUUUUAUCCACAGCAAUCUAGCUGGUAAAAGUGAUAAUGAGUUAAACUUUCCGACCUCUUCAAGUACAACCAACUGCAUUAAUUCUCCUAGCGAUCAAAUUGUACCAGAUAUUAUCUACUUAAAUCCUCCUAUUGACCAAAAUUCUCCAGACAUUACUUGCCCUGGUUCCCCGAAUAUAGACCCGAACAUUUACCCCAGUCAGCAAACCUAUCCUCAAAUGGACCAAAUCUCUCCAGACAUCUAUUAUAAUUAUCCACUUUCAAGCACUUCAUAUGCAUAUUCUCUAUACACUGACUACUUAUAUAUGGGCCAAAAUGUCACUUACUCUAGUCCUCUGAAUAUAGAACAAACCACUUCGGUCGCUGUAAAUACGGACUUUCGAAUACUAACCAUGGAUCAACCCCACCUUUUACUUCCAAAUCCUAUUGACACCAACUACUAUUGA